CACCUAGCGUAUAGCGCGCUCAGUCAGCAAGAGGCGCGGGCGUCGAGUCGAACGCCGACCUGCCUGCCUCUGAAACCUCCACGCGAACCGCGAACCAAACACGACCUUAUCACCAACACCCAAGCAUCAUAAUAGCAGAUCACAAGUUCAUUCAUGGUGUGAAAUCGAACAGUGACCCGUGUACAGUGAAGUGCAAAAUGAACGAGGAUAACUCCGUUGCCGAUGAUAUGAAGAGGCAGGCCGCUAUGUUCUAUAAUUCCACGGAAAGGGAAAAAACAAAAGAACACACAAGCAGUUCAUGGUGCUUCUGGCAUCGGCGGCGGUUCGUGGUGGCGCUGCUGGCUUUCUUCGGCUUCUUCAAUGUGUACGCGUUGCGAGCCAACCUUUCGGUAGCGGUCGUCGCCAUGACAGAACCAGUGGAGACCAAGCUUGAAAAUGGCACAAUAAUAUUUGCGCCAGAAUUCGACUGGAGCUCGCAGACCAAGGGUCUCGUGCUGAGCUCCUUCUUCUACGGGUACCUGGUGACGCAGCUGCCUGGAGGCUGGCUGGCAUCUAAAAUAGGAGGUAACAGGGUGUUCGCGAUAGGCAUUGGUGCCACAUCGCUGCUGACUCUACUGACCCCGCCGUUGGCGUAUACAAGCACGGGCCUGCUUAUCGCUGUGAGGGUAGUGGAAGGACUUUUUGAGGGUGUGACAUAUCCAUGCAUCCACGCGGUAUGGGCCCGCUGGGCGCCAAGCGAGGAGCGCGCGCGCCUCGCUACUUUCGCAUUCAGCGGUAGUUACGCCGGCACCGUGGUGUCUAUGCCUGUGUGUUCCAUGCUCGCGACAUAUACCGGCUGGCCGGGGAUAUUCUACGUGUUCGGUGCAUUAUGGGCGAUAUUGCAACAAAGAUCGCUGCUCUCGCAUUCAAAGGCAGUUGAUCGAGCGACGUUCGCAUUCAGCGGUAGUUACGCCGGCACCGUGGUGUCUAUGCCUGUGUGUUCCAUGCUCGCGAAAUAUACCGGCUGGCCGGGGAUAUUCUACGUGUUCGGAAUAAUGGGACUGGUGUGGACGACGAUAUGGUGGUUGGUGGUCAAGGAGUCGCCUGAAAAAGACCCUCUUAUAACUCCGGCUGAACUGAAAUACAUACAGGAAUCCCGCGGCACGCAAGCGGUUGAAGGCUCGCACACGCGACACCCGUGGCGCGCCAUGCUGACGUCAGCACCGGUGUGGGCCAUCGUCAUGGCGCACUUCAGUGAAAACUGGGGCUUCUACACGCUGCUUACGUUCCUGCCCACUUUUAUGCAAGACGUGUUCAAGUUCGAGACGUCCCAAACGGGCUGGUUAGCUGCUGUACCAUAUCUCGCCAUGGCCAUAGUACUUCAAGUAGCGGGACACUUGGCCGACUGGCUUCUAAGGAGAGGGAUUUUGACGAGGACCAAUAUCAGGAAGCUGUUCAACUGCGGCGCUUUUAUUUCGCAGACAAUUUUCAUGGUAGCAGCUGCAUACGCUACGACUGUGACCAGUUGUUUGAUCUGCCUCACCAUCGCGGUUGGAUUGGGAGGCUUCGCGUGGUCUGGAUUUAGUGUGAACCACUUGGAUAUCGCGCCACCGCAUGCCAGUGUACUAAUGGGUGUGUCUAAUACCGUGGCUACGUUGCCCGGCAUCAUCAGUCCGCCGCUCGCUGGAGCCAUCGUCACUGACAAGACCGCAGAACAAUGGCGCAUCGUAUUCUUCAUAUCCAGCAUCAUCUAUCUAAUCGGCGCCAUAAUCUACGGAAUAUUCUGCUCAGCCGAAAAACAACAUUGGGUCGUAGAAGUAGACUCCGACGCGAGUUUCGACACAGAUGGCGCGUCGGUCGCAACGCAACGUGAGAACAGUCGGUACGGUAUUGAUGGCGUUACAUACGGGUACGAUAACAAGGCUAUGGAUCAGAAUUCGGAAAUGUAAGUAUUGUAAAGUAGAAGUAAUUUGAAUGAGGGUUUUCGCGAUUGAAAAAUCCGCCAGAUGGCAAUACGUAGACGCGAGGUCCAAAUGCUGCAUGAUUGGUGGAUUUUGACAUAUCUGUCAAUGUCAUGUCAAAAAUAACCAAUUAUGCAGCAUUUGGACCUCCCGUCUACGUAUUGCCAUCUGACGGAUUUUUCAAUCGCGAAAACCCUCAUUGGACCACGAUAGACGAGCAGCAAAGUAUAUUUAGUUCGUAAAGUUAUGGAAGACCACGAAAUCCAGUCUUGUGACUUUGUAAUAGCUCCUAUUUUUUUAUGGAGUGAGGAUUUUUCGUUUUUAUGGAGUUACUGAACUAUUAUUAAUAAUUUCAACUUUAGUGAGCGCUGAAGCUGUUGAAAGAUUUGCGCCAAGUUGGCGCUAAUGUCGAGUAAGGUCCUAUUACUCGCCAGUGGCGCCAAUUUGAAACCCUUAUUAUGUGACUAUGACAUACAGAUACAAUCUGUUAAAAUUGUUUCAUUCCUUUAUUUUAGUAACUAUGCAUUCCGUUGUACAGACUUCGUUAAUUUAGAAUUUAAUUUUAAAUUAAAUUUUGAAUGCAAAUGUGGAAAAUGUGAUCUUUUAAAUGUUUACUUUAUGUAUAAAAUACCUCGCGUCUAAAUAAUGUGAUUUGAUUGUUUUGAUCUGUAUAAAUAUUUGUAUCUGAUUUUAUAUUUUAUGUUAGUUAUAAAGUAAGGUGUUGCUUACAGAUUUUAUGUCCAUAGUUUUAAGGUUGAAAAUGAAUUGAUACAUUUUAUGCUGAGCUGAUGUGUUGUACUUUCACAUUAGCCUAGAAUUUACAUACAUAACCUUUUUUCAGGGUAAUAAAGAGAAAUUUGCGACCAUUCUUAAUAUUUUAUUAUAAAUUCUGUGUUGUAUUCACGUAACUAUGUAUUAAAUUGUAAUGGAUUGGUAUAAAAACUUGUGUAUCUUCUGCCUAAGUACUUCAAUCUUAUACGAAAAAAACAAAAAUAAAAAAUGUGUAAUGGACUGUGAAAUAUUUUGUACAUGUGAUUUUAUAAUUAGUCUUAUUAAAGUAUUAAGCUUACUGUGAA